UAACAAAUCUAAAUUGCAUUGCGUAUCACGUGCUGUAUUAAUCGGUGUAGAAGAGGUUAUUAUUACUUUUUGUCGGUGAUCUUGUAAUCUGAGAAAUAAUUUUUGUAUGUUAUUUUGAUAUUGUAAAAUUAAUAUUGCUCAGCUUUACAUGUCAGAAUAUGGUAGUUGACUUUGUGCAGUUGGUAAUGUUCAACCCUGCCGCAACUCCAACCAGCGACUCAAACUCGACUCUAACCCGACUCUGACCCGAUUUGAACCCUCGAUGGAAACUUAGUCAGUAUAAGAAAACUUUUUUAUACUGUGAUUAUACAGAAGAUGGCGUUUAAGCACCGCUGCCCUUAUUUGUCUUAUUUGGUCAAAGAGUAGGGAUACAUCUUUACUUUUCGGUUUGGAGGAUCUACUAGUUACUUCCUUCUCUAAUAAAAUAAACUGUACAUAAUUUGAUGAUAACACUUGAAAAUAUGGUUCUUUGAUCUUAAUUUCUGUUUUCUAAAUUAUGGAGAGAUUUGUAAAUAUUGAUUGGAAUCCUCCAUUGGAAGAUAUGUUGGACAAUGUUUUUAUUAAUGAGGCAAGAUUAGAGAAAGAAAGUGUCAUGUAUAGAAUUAUGAAUGGAAAUUUUACUGAUCCAUUUAAGAAUGCUGAUGAGGAUUAUAAAAAUGUUAAAAUUAAUUUUAUAAAGAAUAUAGAUCCUGAGUUAAAUGAAGAAAAUAAAGACAAUGAGAUUGCAACAAGUGAAACAAAAAAAGAAAAUCAAUCAAAACAAAAAAAAAAUGUCAGGUGUUAUGUACCUGGUAUUGUUAAACCAAUAUUUAAGUUCCCAAAAAAAUCAAAGUUAAAUACAGUACAACAUGCAAUGUGUUUGAGAGUUUUAUUAAGAUUUUCAGAAACUGGUAAACCAAAACUAACUCAAACAGAAAAAGAAGAAUUACACAAUUAUUUGGAUUUGCAACAGAUAAUAUCUCAAGAACAAGAUGAGUUCUUAGAAUUUGCUAAAAGCAAAUGGCAGGAAAGAUUAUUUAAAAUCACAUGUGAGGAUUAUAUAAAUUUAUGUUGGAAAUCAAAAUUACAAUAUAUUUAUAAAUUACCUAGAUAUUAUUCUGAAGUUACAAAUGUUCCAUUUAUAGCCAAUAAAAAUACUGAAGUAAAAUUUAUUUCUCUCUGUUUACAAAUGGGUGAGUUGCCAGAAAUAAUACUUCCAUCUUUUAUCAAACCAUAUAUGUUACGUGUUAGUUCUGAUCAGUUGCAAAGAAGAUUUCGUCCAAAAAAAAAUAUUUGCAGUGAAUCAUCAGUUUCUUUUAAAUUACCAGUAAGUGAAGAUCCAAAUUGCCAAAAAUUGGCUGAUAAUAAUAAUGUGGAUUUAGUAAUUUCAUCCAGUGGUCUUAAUUGUUUAGUAAAUAAUGUUGAUUCAAGUUAUUCAAAUUCCUGGAUUUUACCUCUAACUAUAAAAAGACAUAAUGAUAAGAAUGUCAUCUAUAUCGACAAAUCACCACCACCAGUUGCAAGUAAUAUUUCAGAAAAAAAUAAUUGGGUGUAUAAAUACAUUCUUAGAUAUUUCCUUAUUCCUAGAAAACAUCAAACUUCUGAAAAUAUUGAAGGGUAUGAGGAUAAUAUAUUUAGCAAUAUUAAUUCCGAAGAACUGCUAAAAUUGGAAGCAGAAUAUGAAAAUACAUUAACACAAGUUGACAACAUAUCAGAUUCAACUAUAUUAAAAAAAGAUAAUAUUGAAGAUACUAUAAAUCAACCAAACUUUAGAAAUGACAUUGAUUCCACGAGGAAUACAUUGAAUUCUGAUACAUGUUCAAAUAUUGCUGUAGACUGUAAUGCUUCAAGUUUUACACGUAAUAAUCAAGGUACUAAACAAAAGAUUUCUGAAAUCUCAUUAGAAGAUAAUGUAUCUUACAAACUGUUUAGUAUUGGUCCACAAUCUUCAGAACAAAAUGAAUUAAUAAAAAAUGUCGUUAAAGAAUACAGAAUAUUAGUCAGAACAAAAACAGAUGGAUUUGAGGUUUUAGAAAAUAAUGUACGAAGGUUGUUAAUGUUAAUACCUAAAUUAGAAUAUCAAGUUGAUCUUGGUGCUGAAGCUGUAACAUUACAAGAAUCAUUAAAACAAUGGAUAUCUCUCAUUUUUAGACCUCACACAUUUAUUGCAAGAGUGCGAAUAUCAGCAAUUACAUCAGAAGUAUUACAAGUUGAAUAUCGUACAGCAAUGUCUAUAAGUAAUGAAAUUAAACGACUUUAUAACAUCAAAGUAGAAAGCUCCUUGACAAUUAUACAUAAUAUUAUUCAGUAUCUCCAAAAUUUAGCGCCAGGACGAUAUAUAUUGAGACAUACAGUAAGAAAUGGAGCAUUUGCUACUGUUUAUAAAGAAACAGACUCACCAGGAAAAAAUACUUUUGAUUUACAUACAAUUUACGGUAAAGAGUUUUACAAUUUACCAAAUUCUGCUUGGAUUCCACUGGAUAAAACAAUCCCAACUCCAAUGCAUAAAUGUUUUGAAAGAAUGCCAGCUAUGUUUUUCCCAUCAAAUUAUAAAACAUUUAAUAAAAAUCAAAAAGCCUCAGAAAUCAACAAAGCUAACAUAGGACCUGUACGGAGAAGUUUAAGAAAUAAAAUUAAAAAAUAAUAUUUCAUGUUCAGUAAUUUAUUUACACAUGAACAUACGAAAUAUUUCUUUAAAAAUCAUUUAUUUUGAUAUAUUUAUGUUUAAAGUGAUUUGUAUAAAAAGCCCAUUGAUAUAGAUACAAGGAGUCGCCAGAUAAACAGAAGAUUUAACUUCAAAUUUUGAACUAACAGUCUAGUUGAAUUCAACUGACUAUGAUGCACUUAAAUAAAGUUAUUAGUUGAGGAGGGACAAAAUUUGCCUUAAUAAAUUUAAUCAUAUUACAUUGAACAAAUUGUAAAUUUAUUCGUACAUACAAAAUAGUUACAUUACCAAUCAUUGUAAUUUACUCAGAAGGGAAAAAGUGAAAUAUUUUUCCCCCGAGGUAGAAACAAAAGCCACUUUUGUUUCUUGAGUAAGGUUUAAGGCCAUUCUUGCUACGUUCAUGCUAAUUACAGUAAUGGCUAUGUAUAACAAGUACAAAGUAUAUAAAACAUUAAUAAUUUUUAAUAUGAAAUGUAAUAGUAAACAACGUUUGUAGUAUACUUAUUAUUUGUAUAGAUUUCACAACAAUUUAUAUAAAUAUAAGAUUUUUUUUU